GGAUCUGGUGGUUCUGGUGGAUCUGGCAGUUCUGGUGGUUCUGGUGGAUCUGGUCCCAGUGAAGGUGGAACUGGGCUGGAUUCUGCGAAGCCACUAGACGGCCACAGUGUGAUUGGAGGCUCCAUCAACAACAACCAGCUGAAGACGCUGCAGGGAGAACUGUCCGAGGUCGUCCUCACUUUCAGCUCCAUCAACGACACCCUGAAGGGAAUCGAACACACGAUGCAGAAACACGGCAGCGUCAUCACUGACCUCGGAAACACCAAAGAUAAAAUCAUCUCCGAGCUGGACAAAAUCCAGCUGGAGGUGACGGAGCACAUGGAGGAGAGCCGGGACCGUUUGGACGGGUUGGAUCGUGACGUGCGGCGGUUUGAGAGCACGCUGCUGGUGGAGAUGGGCGACUGUAAGAGGUCUGGAGACGGGCUGGAGAAGAGGCUGUCGAAGCUGGAAGGCGUCUGUGGGCGACUGGACGGCGUCUCGGACUCAAUCCACAAGAUCAAGGAAGGACUGAAUCGACACGUGUCUAGUUUGUGGACAUGUGUCUCCGGUCUGAACGACACCGUCCUGCAUCAUGGAGGAAUCCUGGACGUUAUUCAGAAGAAUCAGGACGACGUCCAGAGUCGGAUGAAGAACCUGAACUCAAGCGUCAACCACGUCCUCAAAGAUCAUCAGAGUCUCUCUGAGCAGAACCUGAGCGGUGAGCUGGACC